CUUUUUCUUAUCUAUGUGAAGACGGAAAACGACAGUCAACAAACGCAGAGCAUUGCAAUCUUCAUCACUAAUGGCGGCUAGUCAUCUUCUCUCUCACUCCUCAUUUCUUCCCAAAACCCUAAACCACUCAUUAACCCAGAAUCCAUUUUCCAAAUCCCCCAUUUUGCCUCUCAAGCCCUCCAAGAAUCUCUUCAAGCAUCCCUCCCUCUCCCUCUCUCUCAAAGCUGUCCUCUCUCAGAACCCUGCUAAAACCCUCAACCCAACUUUUCAACACUGCUUCACUAAAUCCCCAGAUGGGUUUCUCUACUGUGAGGAUACCAAGGUCCAGGAUGUCAUGGAAAAGGUCGAAAAGAGGCCGUUUUAUUUGUAUAGUAAGCCUCAGAUUACUAGGAAUGUGGAAGCUUAUAAGGAGGCCCUUGAAGGCUUGAAGAAUUCCAUUAUUGGGUACGCCAUCAAGGCGAAUAACAAUUUCAAGAUUUUGCAGCAUUUGAGGAUGUUGGGUUGCGGUGCUGUGCUUGUUAGUGGCAAUGAACUCAAGUUGGCUCUUCGUGCCGGCUUCGAUCCAACUAAGUGUAUCUUUAAUGGGAAUGGGAAGAUCUUGGAAGAUUUGGUACUAGCCGCCCAAGAAGGUGUUUUUGUCAAUGUGGAUAGUGAAUUUGAUCUGGAGAAUAUUGUAGCUGCUGCAAGAAUUGCUGGCAGAAAGGUUAAUGUUUUGCUUCGGAUCAACCCUGAUGUAGAUCCUCAGGUCCACCCAUAUGUUGCUACUGGGAACAAGAACUCUAAAUUUGGUAUUAGGAACGAGAAGCUGCAGUGGUUUCUGGAUGCUGUAAAGGCACAUCCUAAUGAGCUGAAACUUGUAGGGGCCCACUGUCAUCUUGGUUCAACCAUUACCAAGGUGGAUAUAUUUAGGGAUGCUGCUGUUCUCAUGGUCAACUACAUUGAUGAAAUUCGUGCCCAAGGUUUCGAGGUUGAUUAUUUGAACAUUGGAGGUGGUUUGGGUAUAGAUUACUACCACAGUGGUGCCGUCCUUCCCACACCUAGAGAUCUCAUUGACACUGUCAGAGAAUUGGUACAUUCAAGGAAUCUUAAUCUCAUCAUUGAACCAGGAAGAUCACUCAUUGCAAAUACUUGCUGCUUUGUCAAUCGUAUCACUGGAGUCAAAACUAAUGGAACAAAAAAUUUCAUUGUGAUUGAUGGUAGUAUGGCUGAACUCAUCCGUCCUAGCCUUUAUGAUGCUUAUCAACAUAUAGAGUUGGUUUCUCCUGCUCCUCCUGCUGCUGAGGUUUCUACUUUCGACGUUGUUGGCCCUGUUUGUGAAUCUGCAGAUUUCUUGGGAAAGGAGAGAGAACUUCCCACCCCAGCUAAGGGGACUGGCCUGGUCGUACAUGAUGCAGGUGCUUACUGCAUGAGCAUGGCAUCAACUUACAAUCUCAAGAUGCGCCCUCCCGAGUACUGGGUUGAAGAAGAUGGAUCAGUGACCAAGAUUCGACAUGGGGAAACAUUUGAAGACCACAUGCGGUUUUUUGAAGGUCUUUAAUUCGAUCAAGGAACAGUGUUUGAGGGUUGAAAUUGGAUCUAGAAUGUCCCAUGUACAUGAACUUUCAUUCAAUAAACUGUUGAUUUUGUUAUGGUCUCAUUUUUGUAAGCCUAUUUGACAUUGAGCUUGCAACCACGAUUGAGUAGAUGAAACAAUGCCCCCUCCCCACCACCCCGAUGGAGAACUAUCAUCUCUUGGAUAGCUAACAAAGGAUAUCUUUUUGCCUGUUUCA